UUUGACCCAAAUAAGAUUCCGUAGAACAGAGCUGCUUGUUUUGAGUCAAGCUAGGUUUCUCCCACGGUUCUUUGUAGUUUCGGGACAUUUUUAAGAGAGUUUGAGGUCACGUUUUUGGUAUUUAAAUGAUUCAUAUUUACGUAGAGUUUAUAGCCAAAGACAAGGUUUUCGCGGAAAACCCGUGUCGGGGGGACUUUUAUGUUGGUAACUUUGCUAGCAAAGCUAGCCAGUAAUGAUCGCAUCUUUUUAUCCGCAAAGUCUAAACCACAUUUCCAUGUAGUUUUUGACAACGUAUCCACCUUCCAUGCUUUAUUUAGAAUUUAAACUGUGAUUAAAGUGUGCACACUUCAAAGUUUCCGUUUAUUUUCGUUAGCUGAGUUCGGGUUGGACUCCGAAAAAUGACCAGCAGUUCCUGACCCGCACAGACCGUCACAUUCAGCAGCUCAGACUCAAGGUUUCACUCCGGGUGACCCAUGCUUUCUGAUGAGCUGGACUCCAAACCAGAGCUGCUGGUGCAGUUUGUCCAGAACGCCUCCAUCCGGCUGGUGCAGAGUCUGGAGGAGUCGGAGUCCAAACACCCCUGCCUGCCUCCUCUGGCUCCGGCUGAGGGCCCCCUCUGCGCUCCUCUGGAGCUCACAGACGGAGGUUUAGGCCAUGAGUCUGGGACCCCCGUCUCCCUGUCGGGGUUCGGGUGCCAGUCCGAGCCGAGCGCGCUGGUCGUGCACUCUCAACCGCGGACCUCGCCCAGCCCUCCAGCCAUUCUGCACGACCUGCAGCAGCCGGACAGCAGCUCCUACGUUCUGCUGAACCUCGCUAAAGGCAUCACAGCCUCUGAGGAGUCUCUGCUCUUCACCACAGACGGAGGCGAGGAGGAUGAAGACGAGGGCGUCUCCCCGGGGGACUACGGCGUGGACGGCAACGCUCCCUGGUAUCUGCGGGUGCAGGAACUCGCCCACGACAGCCUGAUUGCCGCCACGCGGGCACAGCUGGCCAAAGAUGCUAGAGCGAGCCAGGACAGCAGAGCUGCAGGCGUCGGCAACGGCGACCACACGCACAGUCUGCUGGCAGACGGGGACAAGCAGGAGGCGCCGUCUCGUACCAGCCUCCCGCUGGGCAAGCAGAUCCUGCGCUGCUCGUUCGAGGGCUGCUGCAGGACGUUCACCUGGCCGGCCCACCUCAAGUACCACCUCAAAACGCACAGGAACGACCGCAUGUUCAGGUGCAGCGCUGAAGGCUGCGGGAAGAGCUUCUACGUGCUGCAGAGGCUGCAGGUCCACAUGAGGACCCACAACGGAGAGAAGCCCUUCAUCUGCAAGGAGAAGAACUGUGGGAAGAAGUUCACCACGGCGGGGAACCUGAAGAACCACAGACGCAUACACACAGGAGAGAAGCCGUUUCUGUGCGAGACCGACGGAUGUGGGCGGUCCUUCGCCGAGUACUCCAGCCUCAGAAAACACAUGCUGGUGCAUUCUGGUGAGAAGCCUCACCUGUGCGGGAUCUGCGGGAAGACCUUCUCUCAGUCGGGAAGCAGAAACGUCCACAUGAGGAAAAGGCACGGGGAGGAGGGGCUUGGCGACGGCGGCGGCAGAGAAACAGGUUCCUGUCUCACUCAGUCAGUGUCCGACACCUGCAGAGGAGCUGCUGGUUGGAGCUCAGGAGAGGCUCUGACACAAAGCAGCCUGCUGGAGGCAGACGGUGAGAAUGGAGGCGGUAUGGUCGCCAUGGCAACACCGGUGGAAGCCAUGAGUCUUCAUCACGCCAUGCUGAGAUCGCCAGGUUCUGCAGACUCCGUGGUGGUCCUCUCUCAGCCGCACGAACUGGUGGCGAUGACCGCCGAGGGCCACGCUUACGCCGAGGACGUGGUUGCUCUGCUGUAGCCCCGCCCGCAUCGUGAUUAACCCCUCCCCCCCGCUGGAUGGAUUCGGAACGUUUUACAAACAUCUGUACAUAUUUGGGUGCUUUUAUUUUGGCGAGUUUGUACAAAAACACCCCCCCCCCCCCCCUCCAGGUUUUGGUGAAAAACUUCCAAAGAAAAACGGAUGACGGGUUUAAGAGAAACGUAAUCGAUGAAGAAAAACCUCAAUGACAUUUAACUGUACCAGACACACAGUGUGUAUAUAGAUGCUAUGAGAAAAACUGCCAGUUUUGUGUAUAAAUACUAUAAAUAACGA